CGUGUCUCUACUUGCCCAUUUACGCGAUACGGAAGCGCCUUAUUUGAACUCAACCGAGUCGGAUCCUGUUGCUACACCGUGAUCACAACGUUCCGUGAUAACUUGGGAUCCGAGUCGUCUUGGAAGAACUUCUUCGUGGUCAAGCCGAUGCCCCCAAGCUGCAAGCACCUCGUGGACUUUUUAUAUCAACCCUUCACUUGCAUCAUGAAAGAUUGACUCGAGACUAGAAUAAAUUCCCUGCUCAUACACCGGCCUAUAAAUACUCCACUGCAAAGUUUUUUUCCCUCUCGUCUUUGUACCCAGAUGAAGUUCAACGUUCCAGGCCAGGCCAGGCCUGCAGACGGGCGAGAUCAUGUUGUCAUAGCGUUACUAUGGCGUCAAUAUCUCGUCUACCCAUUAUCACGUGCGUGUCCACCGAGAUCCUGGUACUUCAAAAUAUCGGGCUGGUUGCGUGUUCUGACACUGUUCACCGUCUCUGCCUGGGUAGCAGAGCUUUCGCCCCUUGGAAGCAUCGAAAGUAGCUCCCUUCGGCUCAUGCUUCCCAGGAAUAUUGUUGACUCGAGACGAACAAGAUGCGUGCCUCGUUUUUCUGUUCAGAACCCCCGCUUCUCUAGGCACAUGUUUGCGUUGCGAGGUUGUUACGCACGCCUGACGUUUGGCGCUUGCGAGUUGUGUAAUGUUUCAAUUGAUCUGUCACUCGAAACAUAA